UCAGAAGUGUUGUCACCCUGAGAGAGGAAAGGGAGGAGCUAAGAGCAUGGUAGAGAAGGAGGCUCAAGCUGCAGUGAAUGGUGGUGCUCCAUUUUAGGAUCCAUCCAGAGCCAUCCUAAUGAAAUAAGAGGUGCUGCCAGCAGGAAAACAGCAGAAACACCAGAAGUUAUUAAAGCAAGACUUGGAGAAGCUCUCACUCUAGACUGCAGCUACAACUGCUCCUCAGGGUUUGUUCGCGGUUAUUGGAAAUGGGAGGAAGAAGAAGCGCCGGCGUGUGAACGCUGUCACUGGGAGAAUAAACCCAAUAAAAGUGAAGACAUGUGCACUCUGAGCUUAUACACUCAUAACCUGACCCUUCAGCAGACACUAUACAACUACUCCUGCAUCACUGAGCAGAGCGAUGACCAGGACCUCCCUCUGAAAACAGAGCGGCUGAUAUCUCUGCAAAUCCAAGAGGUAUCUAUGAAGGUGGUGAUUCAUACGAAUGCAGAAAACAACCCAGUUGAAGUGGUGUCAUCACACUCCAUUCAAGUGCCGGUGGGAGCCUACCUAGAACUGAAAUGUCUUUCCACUGAUAAACACUGUGAAGGCAUGUGGAUCAAGGAUCAGGAUCAACCAGACAUUCGUCCUCCAGCAAACUCUGACCCACUACUCUGGGAGAAGAUAACAGAGGAGGAUGGAGGAAGCUACACAUGCCAUACAAAGCAGCUCUGUACCAGUCAGAGAAUCACUGUCGAAAUAGGAAUAAUUAAAGACGAUGAUUUUGGCUGGACCAGGGCUUUAGCAGCUGUUGCAGUGUCUGCAGUCAUGAUGCUGAUGAUCAUGCUGAUCUACCUGUGUUACAAGAGGAUGUGCAGUUUAUCAGAUCCAGAGGAAUCAUCUGACGCAAUUUAUGAGAACACAAGAACCAAAAAUGCGAUGACCGUCCUCAAACCUAUUAUACAAGAGUGCGAGACGGAUCAUGAGGUUCCCUACGCCGAUAUCGUGAUUUCUGUGAGAGGGUCCAGCAUUCCAGAACUGACGGGAACCCACGGUACUCAGGCCCCCAGGGACCACAGACUGAGAUGGAGAGAGGAGGCCGCAGGAGGAUCUCGUCUACAGGCCUGCCGCUCCGCUGACAGACUGCACGUUCACCCCAGGGAAGUCAGCAGGAAAUUAAGCACAACUUCGGAGUACGCCAUCAUUACCUAUUCAACAGAAGCACUUAGCUAGUGUUCAGAUCAGCUGUUUUUUAUUUGUAUUUUUAUUUGGUUGUGUCCACUUUUUUCUGCCUCGCCCACUUUCAAAAGUGUGUUUCUUUCCCUCUUUGUAUUUGAAUAUCUGGUCAGUUCAUAUUAAAUGGUUUUAGGCUGUA